AUGUCGUCUGCCGAACCUGAGAAAGAAUUGUCGCCUGCUGAGAUCGCCGUUCGCGACCGCGAAGAGCAGGAGCGAAAGGCCCUUGAAGCUGCGGAGCAGGCUAAGCUCCCUUACAAAUGGACCCAGUCGAUCCGCGACGUCGAUGUGACCGCACCAAUCCCUACCAAUAUCAAGGGCCGUGAUAUGGAGGUAGUCUUAACCAAGACAAAGAUCCGUAUCGCAAUUAAAGGACAGGAGCCUAUCAUUGAGGGCGACUUCCCCCACCCUAUUAUCGUCGACGAAUCAUCAUGGACUCUCGAGACAACCACAAAGCCACCCGGCAAGGAAGUUAAUGUUCAUCUCGACAAGGUAAACAAGGUUGAAUGGUGGCCGCAUGUUGUGAAGGGCGCACCAAAGAUCGACGUCACAAAAAUCACACCCGAGAAUUCAAGCCUGAGCGACCUUGACGGCGAAACUCGUGCUAUGGUCGAAAAAAUGAUGUACGAUCAGCGACAGAAGGAGGCUGGUGGUAUGACCAGUGACGAGCAGAAGAAGAUGGACCUUCUCAACAAAUUCAAGGCGGAGCAUCCUGAGAUGGAUUUCUCCAAUGCUCAGAUUGGUUAA